UAUAUCCAAAAAAAAAAAAAAAAAAAAAUGGCAGAGGAAAUAUUAAAUAAUGUCAUUUUCUCAGGAUUCUUGUUAGUAUUAGCUGGUUUUUCGCUUGCUCUUCAGUCCGGGUGUAAUGCUACCUUGAGUAGAUACAGUAGUCGAUCUUUUUCUACUGUAGUUUCAUUUACGCUUGGAUUAUUGUGUUGUUUGAUUUUUUUUGGGAUUGAUAUAGGAUCCUUGGGCACACCUUUACCUAAUGAUAAAGUGAAAAGUGCACCUGGAUAUGCAUGGAUUGGUGGUCUAUGUGGAUUUUUUUAUGUUGCUUCCAAUAUUUUUGCAGUGCCUCGACUAGGUGUGGGUGCCUCUUUAGCAUUAUUUGUUUGCUCACAAAUGAUUGUGGCAUGUAUGAUAGAUAACUGGGGCCUUGUAGGAGUUGCUGUUAGACCGUAUACCACUUGGAGAAUCUUGGCUUCUUUAGGCGCUGUGUUUUGUGUGGGUGUCAUCACUAAAUAUUAACAAAUAAAGUAAAGCUUGUGUCACAAUUCAGACGUUGAGUUCAGUACAAAAAUAAGAUAAGGUAGGCU